CACUUUUAAUACGAAGUUCGACAUAACAACACCUAACAGCGCAUUCUCUAGCAAACUAAACAAAAUAAAAGUAUUAUAUUUUAAUCUAAAGCAAGUUUAGCUACGGCUUUUGGUGAAAUACCAAAUCGAGGUCUCAUUCUGGUAAAGCCGAUGAUUUUAAUGCGCCGGCAGCCUUGGCUGCUGAGUAGACCAGGCGCCUGGCUGCUGAAGGGUCUCGCGGCUGGCGAGGAUGUGUCCGAACCCGUUUCCCGUCUUGCGGCGGCUAUGUCCACAGCAGCGAUAUCCGGACCAGCGAUGGCUACCGCCCCCACAGUAUCCGCAAUAUCCGCCGUAUCCGUGGUAUCCCAGUCCUUCCAAUCCAGGGCCCAAGGAGCAGGAGGAGGAUGGCAAGGAGCAGGAGGAAGAGCCCUCGGAGGAUCGGCCGCCGGAGGAACAGCCCCAAGAAGGCGGUACGGAGGAGGACCAGCCCCAGCCCCAGCAGCAGGAGCAGGAGGAGGAGGAGCCGCCGCCGGAUCCGCCCAGUCCGGAGGAGCGUCCGCCGGAAAGCCACCUGCAGGCAAUGCCCCGCCCCCUCCACCUCCCCCUCCACCGUCUUCAGCUCCAUCACCUCCUCCAAAAGCCAAGUCCGCCAAUCCGAGGAUGAAGAGCUUCGAGAUCUACCGCUGGAAGCCUGGAGAGCAGCCGCAGACGCAGACCUACAGCGUGGACCUGGAGAAGUGCGGCGCCAUGGUGCUGGAUGCCCUGAUCAAGAUCAAGAACGAGAUGGACCCCACGCUGACCUUCAGGCGCUCCUGCCGCGAGGGCAUCUGCGGCUCCUGUGCGAUGAACAUCAAUGGGACAAACACCCUGGCCUGCGUGUCGCACAUCGACCAGGACGAGAGCAAGUGCUGCCGGAUCUAUCCGCUGCCCCAUCUGUAUGUGGUGCGUGACUUGGUCCCGGAUCUCAGCCAGUUCUACGACCAGUACCGCUCCAUCCAGCCGUGGCUGCAGCGCAAGGAUCUCAAGCGGGAGGCCGGGUCGGCGCAGUACCUGCAGUCCGUCGAGGAUCGCCUAGUGCUGGACGGGCUCUACGAGUGCAUCCUGUGCGCCUGCUGCCAGACCGCCUGUCCAUCGUACUGGUGGAAUAGCAACAAGUAUCUGGGACCCGCCGUCCUCAUGCAGGCCUUCCGCUGGGUCAUAGAUUCCAGGGACGAGGCCACCGAGCAGCGUCUGGACUUCCUCAAAGAUCCCUGGAAACUCUAUCGAUGCCACUCAAUCAUGAACUGCACGAACACGUGCCCCAAACACCUCAAUCCGGCGAGAGCCAUCAUCCAGCUAAAGCAGCUCCUCGUGGGGCUGAAGAAAAAGGAGAAGCCCCAACUCCAGACCGAUGCCCUCUUCAAGGGAAAGUAAAGGGAAGUGGUUACACUCGGGAUUCGACAUAACGUCAACGGGAGUUGUAUAUGCAACACUGCCCCAAGCCAUACUGAUCUGAUCACUCACCUACAAAAAGUGUGGGCAAACACACUACAAAGCUAGUGGGAGAUAAGAACACUGCGGGCAAUAUAAAUAGAAAACAUUCAAACAAAUUUCAGAACACAGAACUAAAUUUUAACACAGGACCUUGUGGACUUUACGAUGUUGCUAUGUUUAGGGAAUAAA